AAAACAAAAAAAAAAAAAAACUUUCGCUGGAAGAAGAAUCCAUUCACCGGCUAGCUGGAGAGAAGACGUCUUCUCAGUCCACCGCUCAACAGCUCCCGUUGCAUGCGCUCGCAACCAUCAAAAGUUAUUUUUUGACAGCUGGUUCUUUUGGUUGUGAGGUGAAGUCGUAGGAUACACGCUAUCCAGAGCACCACUGCAAACAAGAGGCUUUUGAGCAUGGAACAGAAUUCGACCGCGGGCGGGGCUAAGGAGGAGUACCAUGGAAACUACCUUUCUGACCCGGCAGUCACAGCCGAGCCCCGCAGAGAAGAGGAGGAGGAAGAGGAGGAGGAGGAAGAGGAGGAAGAGGAGGAUGACGAGAUGCCAGCAGAGAGAAAAAACAAAAAGUCAUGGGGGCAAGUAAUGAAGGAGCUGAAGCUGUUCUGGUGGAACCCGGAGACCCACACGUUCAUGGGGAGAUCAGGGAAAAGCUGGGGGCUCAUCCUCUUGUUCUACGCGAUCUUCUACUCCUUUCUGGCUGCCAUGUUCACGGUGUGCAUGUACGCCUUGCUGAUGACCAUCAGUCCAUACACACCCACCUACAGAGACAGGGUGGUCCCUCCAGGAGUCAUGAUCUCACCCCGCGUCGGUGGAUUCGACAUCGCGUUCAAUGCAUCGGAUCCCAAAACAUGGGCCAAGUACACCGAGACCCUGAAUGCAUUUCUGACACCCUAUAAUGACCUGGAACAGGAAAGGAAGAACAUUGCCUGCACUCCUGAUGUGUACUUCAAGCAGGACGACAGGGAGGAGAGCGCGGAGAGGAAAGCUUGCCAGUUCAAACGGUCCUCGCUGGGAAACUGCUCCGGGAUCGACGAUCCAAGCUUCGGCUACUCGGAGGGGAAGCCAUGCAUCCUUCUGAAAAUGAACAGGAUUAUCGGUUACUUGCCUGGCGAAGGGGCCCCAGUGACUGUGUCAUGUGAAGCUCUGAAAGGAGAUGUGGAUCAUUUUGGAGCUGAAGAAUUCUACCCAUAUGACUUUUUCAAUCUGAUGUAUUAUCCUUACUACGGGAAACUGACCCACGUGAACUACACCUCCCCGCUGGUGGCAAUCCGCUUCUCUCAAGUGACCACAGAAAACCCCCUGACCAUCCAGUGCAGACUCAAUGGGAAAGGCAUCAAGAGCGACUCUGUGCAGGACCGCUUCCUCGGCAGGAUCACGUUCACACUCCAGAUCGGAGCGUAGCGCUGACUCGCCAGGCAGCAGCAGAACCAACGUCUUCCCAAGAGGGGGGGGGGGGGCCAUCUGGGUCUGUGGCAUCUAUACUCCAUCCUUGUGUUUCGCUGGGUAACAUUUCCAAAGCCAGUCCAGCGUGGCUUUAUAGCUCUUUGUAUAGACAUGCAAAGAAAGGAGUUAUAAACUUGCCAGUAUUAAUAACAUGUUAACCAAAUAAUUACAGCGACAUGUACUAUAUCACCAGAUAAAACCUUACAAGAAACACUAAGCACGUGGGCAGUAGACUAAAUGGUUAAAAGCACAUAUAAUUGAAAAAUGAACACUAGUCCUGGACCGAAGGGCAGGCAGGCAGGCAGGCUGGGGCAGCUCUGGUGGGGAUGGAGGUGUGCUCUCUAGCAGAACUGUGAGAGAAUGCCCUCCUGGCUCUUGCUGGCACCAUGUCUGGAUGUAGCCAAUGCCAUUGUCCCUUUAACAGCGAUACACUCGCACAAAUACAACAUCACGAGCCCUCCUUAUACUUCCUGCGAUUUCAACAAAUCCAGCUGGAGGCAAACGCUGACGGGCAUUUCAAGUUGCAGUUCAGAAAGCAAAGAUGAACUUGAACUCAGCAUUGCCCCUGACACCCUGACACGUCCAGAACU